AGGAAGAUAUCACUCUCAUCACAAGUGCAGUCACUAGUCAUCAUCUCAAUUUUGGUGCUGUGUGCAUGUGAAUGUGAAUCAGAAAAAAAGCAUUGAAGUGAAUACUACUUGAUCGGAAAUACAUGGCUGGAGGAGGCUUCACCAGCGGCAGUGACGGAGGCAGAGAUUUUGAGGCCAAGAUAACGCCUAUAAUCAUCAUUUCAUGCAUCAUGGCUGCCACCGGAGGUCUCAUGUUUGGAUAUGAUGUUGGUGUUUCAGGCGGUGUGACAUCCAUGCCACACUUCUUGAAGAAGUUCUUUCCGGAGGUAUUCAGAAAGACAAAGGAAGAGGAAGAAUUUAACAGCAACUACUGCAAAUACGAUAAUCAAAUGCUGCAAUUGUUCACAUCAUCUCUGUAUCUAGCUGGUUUAACAGUCACAUUCUUUGCUUCCUACACCACCCGGAGGCUGGGCAGAAGGCUCACCAUGUUGGUAUCGGGCUUCUUCUUCAUCGGUGGAGUUGCUUUUAAUGUUGCUGCUCAAAACCUUGCCAUGCUCUACAUUGGUAGAAUCUUACUUGGUUGUGGAGUUGGUUUUGCUAACCAGGCUGUGCCAGUGUUCCUUUCAGAGAUCGCACCUCCAAGAAUACGUGGAGCACUGAAUAUAUUAUUCCAGCUGGAUGUCACUCUAGGCAUUUUCUUUGCUAACCUUGUCAACUAUGCCACCAACAAAAUCACGGGUGGAUGGGGUUGGAGGCUAUCUCUGGGUUUGGGUGGCAUCCCAGCUCUGCUCCUCACCUUGGGAGCAUUCUUGGUGGUGGACACCCCAAACAGCCUCGUCGAACGCGGUCGCAUCGAAGAAGGAAGAGCCGUGCUGAGGAAGAUUCGUGGCACCGAUAACAUUGAGCUUGAAUUCUCGGACCUUGUUGAGGCUACUCGGGUGGCUAAGCAAGUGAAACACCCCUUCAGGAACAUCCUCAAACGCAAGAACAGGCCCCAACUUGUCAUUGCCAUUGCCCUCCAGAUUUUUCAGCAAUUCACUGGCAUCAAUGCCAUUAUGUUUUAUGCUCCAGUUCUUUUCAACACAUUUGGAUUCAAGAAUGAUGCUGCUCUCUACUCUGCUGUGAUUGUUGGUGCUGUUAAUUGUGUCUCCACUAUUGUCUCAAUCUAUUCAGUGGACAGGCUUGGACGUAGAAUGCUCUUACUAGAAGCUGGUUUUCAGAUGCUAUUGUCUCUAAUGGUGAUAGCAGUUGUGCUAGGAAUCAAGGUGAAGGACCAUUCUGAAGACCUCUCAAAAGGUUUUGCAGUGCUGGUGGUUGUGAUGGUGUGCAUUUUCGUGUCUGCGUUUGCGUGGUCAUGGGGUCCUCUUGGAUGGUUGAUCCCGAGCGAGAUAUUCCCGUUGGAGACUCGCUCAGCCGGGCAGAGUCUUACCGUCUGUGUCAAUUUGGCCUUCACCUUUCUCAUUGCACAGGCCUUCCUCUCAAUGAUGUGCUCCUUAAAGUUUGGUAUCUUCAUUUUCUUCUCCGGGUGGGCCUUGAUCAUGUCAGUGUUUGUGUUUUUCCUUCUCCCUGAGACAAAGAAUGUUCCCAUUGAAGAGAUGGUUGAGAGGGUGUGGAAGCAGCAUUGGUUGUGGAAGAGGUUUGUUGAAAAUGAUUAUGUUGAAGAUGAUCAGAAAGUAGCUGAUGGAAAAGGUCCAACCAGAAAUGAAAAUGUCUAAGGAUUUGUUCUGGCUUAUAGUUUGUUUGUUUUGUCAAAUAAAUAUUGUGGUUGGCUUUGGUUAUCACAGCUAACCAAGUUAUCAUUUCUCACUAUGUUAGAUGGCCUACGCUUAUAAUAUUGUAAUGCCACGCCAAGUACCUUGUAACAUUAUAAUAUGGCUGUAAUAUGUACUAGGUUCUUAACUUUUU